AACUGAUUUCUUCGCGACGAGGAUCGUUCCUUUUCUCUUUGUCUUCAUCAAUCAAUUUCAUUUCCUCCUGACGAUGGACACCAGUAUGACGGCACGGAUCAAUGAUGCAAUUUCAAAAUCUCUUCUGGUUAUCUUACCGGAUAAAGAAGAGCCUCACGUGUCACAAGAAUCGAAUAAUUCGGAUUCUUUCAGCAAGGGAGAAAAGCGCUUUCAAUUUUUAGUCACUUUGUGCGCCGCGCUAGGUGGCAUGCAGGCCGGCAUAACGCUUGGUUGGACGUCGCCGAUCCUGCCAUAUCUCACAUCAGCGGAAUCCUUCCUUCCGGAACUAUCCGAGGAUCAGAUCUCAUGGAUAACGUCCUUGUUGGCGCUGGGUGCCAUCAUGGGUGCCGUGCCGACUGGUAAAAUCGCUGAUCGAAUCGGUCGGAAAUGGGCCAUCUUUUUAACAGCUGUGCCGUUUACUAUAGGCUGGCUUACCCUGUUAACGAUUAGGAACAUCAACAGUAUAUAUGUUGCCCGGUUCAUCGGUGGGAUCGGUGCCGGGGCGACCUGUGUCCUCGUACCAGUCUACACCAGCGAAAUCGCCCAACCAUCGAUUCGUGGUGCUUUAGGUGCUUUAUUUCCCUUGUUCUUUUCCUUGGGAAUCAUGUUUUCAUACGUGGCGGGCGCAUACUGUUCCUAUGUAAUCUUUAAUUUUGCCUGUUGCGCCAUUUUGAUGCCCUUCGUCUUGGGCGUGCCUUUUUUGCCGGAAUCCCCAAUGUGGUUGGUACAGAAGAAUCGUAAAAUCCAAGCCAUCAAGGUGCUGACGAUCUUGCGGGGACCGCAUUACGACGUCACAGAAGAGAUAGCUGUUCUUCAACACGAUGUUAAUAGGAUGGAGAACUUGUCGGGCGGCCUCAAGGAUCUCGUUGGAACCAAAGCCGGACGUAGGGCUGCUAUCACCUGUGUGGGACUCAUGUUCUUCCAGCAACUGUGCGGCAUAGAUGCGGUUCUAUUCUAUACAGUCAAUAUCUUUCAAGCAGCGAACAGUACGAUCGACCCCUUCUUAGCGACCAUCAUUAUCGGGUUCACUGAAGUCGUAAUGACGAUAUUCGUCGCUAUCGUAAUCGAUAGAUUUGGUCGGAAGCCGUUGCUGAUAAUAUCCGGCACAAUGAUGACCAUUUGUCUGAGCGUCUUGGGUUAUUACUUCAAGCUCAAGGAUGGAGGAAAUGACAUGAGUACUUUUGGCUGGCUGCCACUGACUAGCCUCGCUCUCUUCAACAUUGUCUUUUCGAUCGGUUUCGGAUCCGUGCCAUUCACGAUAAUAAGUGAGAUAUUUCCGCCGGAAACCAAGGGUGUUGCCAGCAGCUUGUCUAUAGUAGUGCACUGGAGCCUAGUAUUUGCUGUCACCAAGCUGUUCCCAACCAUGGAGUGCAGGAUGGGCCAGGCCGUGACUUUCUGGACCUUCUCAUGCUUCACUGCUGCGUCCGCGAUUUUCUCGUACUUCGUAGUGCCGGAGACGAAGGGCAAGACACUGCAGGAGAUACAGAGCAAGCUCAAACGAAGGCAAGAAUCGAAAACGGAAUGUCAAGUCGAACCAGUCUGAAAAUAUCGGCAUCUUGCAGUAUUUUUAUCUUGUUGCACUUUUGCAGCGCCGAAAUUAAGUCGGCAAAGGUCGAAACACUAAAGUCCUAAUAAAGCUAGUGAAGGAAAGAAAAAGAAAGAAUGAGAGAGAAAGAGAGAA